AUGGAUUCCACGUGCGAUGAUUGGGCGAUCGAAUUUUUUCAUCACAAGUCACAAAAUGUUCCAGCACAGUUCUUAGACGUCACACAACACGAGGUGCUUGAUUUACGUCAAUCUCUGAUGAAUAACCAUGGUCCUUGCAUUCACAAGGAUAUGUUUAUAGCUAUUAAUUCCUUCUCAUCAAUGAUGUCCAUUUUGAAACAUGUACUAGGUAGAAAAAAGGAAAGGUGGAUGAAGAGACAAGAGGGGAUAGGUGCCCUUCCCUGGAAUGUAUUUUUGAAGUGGAAGAGCAAGUGGGGGUGGAAGCAUGGAGCUGUAAGGGGUCCUCUCAAACAGCAAAUGUUGGAAGAGAAUGAAGCAGUGAGGAGCCAAUGA